AUGGCUUCCGGUGAUUCUAAAGCAGCUGACAAAGGUCUUCAAGAAAAUCAACAGCAUACAGCAAAUGAAGAAGAUUUUGCUAAAGAUUCUUAUGGUAAUUUACCGUUGAUCCAAUCGAAGGAAAAAAAUGAUCGUCAAUUACUCCCUGUUCGCGAUGUUAAUGAAGCAUUAGCUAAACAAACAAUCUGGGUACGUGGUCGACUUCAUACAAGUCGUGGUAAAGGCAAGCAAUGUUUUUUUGUGAUUCGACAUCAAUCAGCAACCAUACAAGCUGUUCUUUGUGUUAAUGAAAAUGUCAGCAAACCAAUGGUGAAAUUCGUUGCAAAUAUUUCAAAAGAAAGUAUUAUUGAUGUCGAAGGUGAAGUCUCGUUAGCACCAACACCCAUUGAAUCGUGUACACAAAAGAAUGUGGAAUUACAAGUGAAAAAGGUUUUCGUGGUGAGUGCGGCAGAACCUCGUUUACCAUUGUUGGUCGAAGAUGCCAUGCGACCUGAUGAACCAACGGUUGCUGAUGCUCAAGCAGGACCUCAUGUUAAUCAAGACACACGUCUUGAUAAUCGUGUCAUUGAUUUACGUACACCAGCUAAUCAAGCCAUCUAUCGUGUCGAAGCAGGUGUUUGCAAAUUAUUUCGCGAUACACUCGAUGCCAAAGGAUUCGUUGAAAUUCAUACACCAAAGAUCAUUUCAGCGGCAUCGGAAGGCGGUGCUAAUGUUUUUCAAGUGACUUACUUCAAAUCCAAUGCGUAUUUGGCACAAUCACCGCAAUUUUACAAACAAAUGGCUAUUGCUGCUGAUUUUGGUAAAGUGUAUACAAUCGGAGCAGUCUUUCGUGCCGAAGAUUCAAAUACACAUCGACAUUUGACUGAAUUCGUUGGUCUCGAUCUCGAAAUGGCCUUUAGUUACCAUUACCAUGAAGUCGUCGAUACAAUCGGUGAUUUAUUCACUCAAAUCUUUAAAGGUCUUGCUGAACGAUUUGCAACGGAAAUCGCGAUCAUUAACAAACAGUAUCCUUGCGAACCUUUCGAAUUCGUUGAACCUGCUUUACGUCUUGAAUAUAAGGAUGGUGUUGCAUUACUCGCUGAUGCCGGCGUUCAAAUGGGUUCGGAAGAUGAUUUAACAACUGAAAACGAACGUAUUUUGGGUGGCAUCGUUAAAAAGAAAUACCAUACUGAUUUCUAUAUUCUUGACAAAUACCCAUUAGCCGUUCGACCAUUCUACACAAUGCCGGAUCCAAAUAAUCCAAAAUAUUCGAACAGUUACGAUAUGUUCAUCCGUGGUGAAGAAAUUCUUUCCGGUGCCCAACGUGUUCACGAUCCUCAACUAUUACUCGAACGUGUCAAACAUCAUAAGAUCAAUAUCGAUCAAAUUAAAGCUUACAUCGAUGCAUUUCGAUAUGGUUGUCCACCACAUGCUGGUGGAGGUAUUGGUUUAGAACGUGUUCUCAUGCUCUAUUUAGGUUUGGGCAAUGUGCGCAAGACAUCAAUGUUUCCACGUGAUCCCAAACGUGUUACACCAUAA